GCCUAUCAGUAAAACGGGGACAGCGCCGUGGAGACCUAGCUAUUGAGAUACACACACUUGGAUAAGACUACUGAAAUCAUUUACUUCCUCGUCGGUGAGGCGUCUCGAAUAAUGGACACAACAUGACGGACACACGACAGGGUUGGUCUGAAGUUCACGGCUAACGGACGCUUUAACAUAAAUAGUAAUAUUUCAGAGACCUGCGUUUGACAGAUUUUAGUUUGUGUAUACUUUGCAACUAACUGAAUGGUGGGCUGUAUGUGUUGACUUUGUGACGCUAGUAUGUGGUAGAUUUGAAGAUUCGUCGGCUACCCCGAUCUGCUGUACUGGACAUGAAGGGUAAAACAUUUCCUCUAUCCGAACGCACAGUGAAUGGUACCACAUGUAUAUGAUAUGAAGAUCAAGACAGCACCGCCUUCAAUUAGAAUGGGAUUUUCGGUGUCUGGAUAACACCCCAUCGCACACUGACAGAAUGAACAGUUCUACCGUGAAUCCUGGCAACAUAACCAUUAAUAUCGCCAGUACAACAACACCAACAUCACCAAUAACAACACGGACGCCCACCUCUACGGCAUCAGGGUUGACACCAACCACGAAUUCUACAGGUCCAGGCGAGAAGUUUGAUACUAAUAUUGCUAUUGGCAUCGGUGUUGCUGCAGGUGUGUUGAUUCUCGUCGUGGUCAUCAUAGUGGCAGUCGUGCUGACACGCAGACGCCGACUGAAGAGACCUAAGAAAGUGCCACCAACCUUGCCGCCUCCUUAUCCACCAACUGUGAACGAUAUCAGUACUCACGGAAGCGACCAGCGGCACGAGUCAAUGAUAGGAUUAGCAAACUCCGACAGUUUAGAUCCCGAACAGUUAAACCAUGGUGGACACGCUUACCAGCGUAGUACCAGUGUAAACUCAACCAGUUCCAGCUACAUAGAACCACAAACCUGGGUCGGGAAUCAGGACUCCGAGGAUAAGGACGAGAAGAAGGAGCAGCAACAGCCCACAGAUGAUGACUUCUAUAUCUGCAUGGAGCCUGGACAGCCAGUGAUUUCUGCAUGUGUUAAGAAAAACAUUCUUCCUCACCACGAGUUGGUGUACUCUGAAACUGAUAUUGCCGGUGAGAAAGCUGCAUCAGAUUCACCAAAGCCGUGCGAUGGAACAAAUAGAAAACAUGGCUAUGUUAAUGUGCCAAGUGGUGGUUCAAAUGACACUCCGUUAUCCCCUAAUGACGACGAAACUUCACCCAAAUAUGCAAACUGUGAACAGGGCAACAAUCAAGGGUCAAGCUACGCGAAUUUACAAGAGGAUGGAAAACCUUUCGCAAGAACGACUACUUUGCCAAAAUAUUCAAAUAUAGCAAUGGUUAAACCAGAUGAUAUUGAACGUUUCACGCCAAAAUCCUCUCCAGCGUCCAAACAAAGGACGGCGGGUACAAAAGGAAAGACCGAGAAAGCCAAACGAUUGAAAGACGGCGGUGCAGGUUCUAGCAAAACAAAUAUUCUUGGUCCUAACAAAUUCUCUUCAACCAGAUCUGAAGGACAUUAUGCUAACGAGGCUAUCCCUCCAAAGACGUUGCCGAAACCAAGCACGUCCAAACAGAAGGACACAGAUGAUGACGAGAGAGACAAAGACUAUGUAAACGUCUCCACCAAACUGAGCAGGCCGCCAACACACGGCUGCAAAGAAGAAUUCAGUAGAGUGUUUCAGAGUAAAAAACACACGACUCGGUAACAUAUAUAUUACAAUACGUGUUGCAUACGGAAUCGGUAAUUCUGUCCAGGAGAGGCAGUCUAGGCUGCUGGACUGUGACCCCAGGACUGUGAGCUUGAACUUUACUUGGAUAUAGGUACGUGAAUACUUAUAAGUGAGUAUAUCUGUAACCACGGGCGUUGGAAACGUGAAGGGUAGGCAUUGGAGGUACUGCUCUUCCCUCAACUCGGACAAUGAUGUACUGGUCCCUCCGUUUGAAAGGCGAAGUAAUAAAUAAAUAAAUAUAUAAUAGAGCAGUACCGCCAAUGCCUACCCUUCACGUUCAUAUAUAUAAAAUGAUAUAUAUAUAUAUAUAUAUAUAUAUAUAUAUAUAUAUAUAUAUAUAUAUAUAUAUAUAAUGUUCAUGGUAACAUAAACCCUUCUGUGCCAAGACUGGGCUAGGGUAUGACGUGCCUGAACCUGUAAUAGAAUAUGGCCACGUACAUGGAGUACAAGGACAAGGUGGCAAAUUGUACAAUCAGAUUCACAGACUUGCUAUUAAUUUUGUAUGCAUAUGUCGUUCAACGGACAAAACUGUUUUAAUUCAGAUAUCACAAGCCUCUCCCAUUUGUUUCUCGUUUCCGUGGAUCUAACCAAACUCAGUGCUCAACGGACACAAUUGUUUUAACAAGAUCCUACUAGCCUUUCUCACUCUAAUCAAAUCCAGUAUUUAUUGGACAUUAACUAGUAUUUUAAAUCAGAUCUGAUGAGCCACGGUCAGCCGUGUCUUCUUUUUGUGGAUCUAACCAAUCCUAGUGUUCAACGGAUGAGAAGUCUUUUUGUUUUUAACCCAGGUUUGUGUUCAGCGAGAAUAGAGAGUACACGAAACGUCCGUGAAGCGUGUGAGAGUCGCGUCUCGUGUUGCGUACACGUAGUUAACAAAAAACAGUUUAAGAUUGUUUUUUUUUUUUUUUUUAAAUGCACGUUGACGUGUGAUAUUACAAAUACACACAAAACAUUUGUAAGUACUGUAUUCUUAAAUAUAUGUUGUUGGGUUUUUUGUUAGUGUUAACAGGAAAACAUUGGACUAUUUGAUUCAAGAAAAAUUGUAUAUGUAUUGUAUGAAACUUAGGUAGAUUUAUGACUUCACAAUGGCUAAACACAUGCCUGCUUUGAAUUAAUGUUUUCAUAGAAAUCUAUGAAGAACAAAAUUAUGUUUUGGUUUCAUAAUGUUCUUUAACGCAUGAACUUAGUGUUUAUUGCUUCGCUUUUAAUUAUACAUAUACAUUUACCACAUGAAAUUUGAUGAGGGAACGAAUGUAUCAUCUUAUGUGUGGGUUGUCUUCUACGCGUCAAAACGCGAAUCACACGCACGUCUAAAGGGAUUUCCUUGACUUACAUACAUGUUAGACGUAUUAGGCGCGUUACACGGGAAUUCACGUGGAGAAAAUUUAAACUCUUUUAUAUGCAAUGCUAACGUUUGUGAAACAUUCGAUUGAACAUGAAGCUUACGGUGU